AGUCUUGAAGGUGAGCUGCUUUCCCUUCAAGACAGAAUAAUGGCUAAGGGUUUCAAGCUCCGAAUGUCCCGAUUCAUCGCAACCUUCAGUUCUUGCCGUUCUAAAGACCCCUCCACUCUCCCGUCAAAUCCUGUCCCUUCAGUCCUCCGCUUCUCUUUGGCCAGCCCUCCAAAACACACCGCCAAAACACUUCACACCUCUUUUAAACGCCACGUUUCCUCCGCGAUCACGUGCAUAGCAUGCGGCUGCACCUCAAGAUCCACCUCUAAGAACCUCGCUUUAACCGACCACUGUAAGUCUCCACUCGGGCCAGAGUUCCACUGGGAAAAAGAAGAUAAUUUUCAUGUGGUGGCCAAAGUUUUUGAUGAAACCCCUCGCCAGAAAAUCUACAACUCCUCGGCUUCAGCCUCCAGUCGGACGUCAUGCGAUGACGAGGUUUUGAUGCCUCCUCCUCCGCCUCCAAACACCGAGAAGAAAAAGCGACGUGUUAGAAGGAAAAAAAGGACACCACCAAAGACCCGCAUCAGCACAUCUUCAGCUGAGACUGAGUUAUUUAGCAGUGAAGAUUAUGAUGACGUCGAGUAUGUACACAACGAAGAAACUGAAACUUUAGUUUCCUCUUCUAGAAGUUUAUCCACUGAUUAUUCUUCUUCAGAGUUUUAUCCCAAACUUGAAACCAUUCGAGAAAUACCCCUUUCUAGAAGCACCCGGAAGAAGAACAGGAUCAAGAAGGUAAAACGGUCUGCAGCUUUGAAGAAAUCCCAAGUGAUCACAAAAAGAAUUGAUUUUUCUUCGCCAGAGGUUGAAUCUCCAGCGAGGUUGUCGAUGUUUCUACAAAGGCUGAUUCCUUGUACUGUAGAUGGGAAAGUGAGAGAGAGCUUUGCUGUUGUGAAGAAAUCUGAGGAUCCUUACGAGGAUUUCAAAGGAUCCAUGUUGGAGAUGAUUUUGGAGAAGCAAAUGUUUGAAGAGCAUGAGUUGGAAGAACUCUUGCAUUGCUUUUUGUCUUUGAAUUCCAGGCAGCAUCAUAGGGUCAUUGUGGAGGCUUUCACUGAGAUAUGGGAGGCCAUGUUUUACCGUAGCUCCGGUAGUUUCAGAAUUUCUAGGGGUCUUUGAAAUAAAUCAGCAGAUAAACAAAGCAAGAACCUCUUUGGUUUAUGUUAACUGUCUUAGUUAACCCUAUAUUUAAGAUAUCAAUGUAGUUCAAUUGUAAGGUUUAUAUGUACCCAUUGUUCUUCUAUGAGAUGAACAUAUAACUAUCAGUGAAUUGUAAGUUUUACUGCUUGUACA